AGUUUUCAGCCCCGUAGGAGUCCUGGGAGGAUUUAAUUAUCUGUCAUUGAAUACAGCAGAGCGGCACAGGAGGACAAACUGCUCAGAUCCUGCAGACACGAGAAGAAGAGGAGAGAAGAGAGGAGGUCAGCCAGACAUCAUGAGUGACCGAUUCGACUGCAAGAACUGCGACGAGUCCCUCUACGGACGCAAGUACAUCCAGGUGGAGGACAACCCUCACUGCAUCCCCUGCUACGACCGCUUGUAUGCCAAUACGUGCCAGCAAUGUAAAGAAGUUAUAGGACACAAUGCCAAGGAGCUUUUUUACGAGGACAGACACUACCACGAGCACUGCUUCCGCUGUUUCCGCUGCGAGCGCUCUCUGGCAGACGAACCCUUCACCAACCAGGACGAAGGGCUGGUGUGCAGCGACUGCUACUGCAAUGAAUUUUCUUCUAAGUGUGUGGCCUGCGACAAGAUAGUUAUGCCAGGAUCGAGGAUGUUGGAGUACGGCGGCUCCACGUGGCACGAGGACUGUUUCAUGUGUCACGGCUGCGAGAAGCCGAUCGGUGCUGAGGCUUUCAUCCCAGACAAAAACAACUACUACUGUGUGCCAUGCUACGAGGGCAGGGUUGCUCCUCAGUGCAGCCACUGCAAAAAGGCUCUGACUAAAGGUGGGGUGACCUACAAGGACGAGGUGUGGCACAAGGAGUGUUUUCUCUGCACGGGCUGCAAAAUUCCGCUGGCCGGCCAACCUUUCACCUCGGAGGGCGGAUGCCCGUACUGCGUCAAGUGCUUCAGCAGCCUCUAUGCGAAAAAAUGUGCCGGCUGUAACACGGCCAUCACAGGUUUUGGAGAUGGAAAGUAUGUUUCUUUCGAGGACCGGCAGUGGCACCAGCCAUGCUUCAAGUGCUCACGCUGCUCCGUGUCGCUGGUGGGCUCCGGCUUCUUCCCCGACCGCGACCAGAUCCUGUGUACAGACUGCAACAACGAUGACUGACCGGCACUAACUUACACCUGAAACACCUGCACCCGACGCAGCAGAAACCAAAAGCUGCUGACACCAGCAGACAAACUUCUAAACCUCAGCUGUGCACGUGACCACUGCGAUGUACUAACUCACUCUCAUCAGUGUAAAGCUGAUACAAAGCUCAGUAUUUACAAAAUCCUUAUCAGCCUUCCGCACAUUGAAAUGUAUGUAUAAAUUCUGCAGAAAUGUCCUGUGAUAUUUGUAUGACUUCUUUAUUUUCUAAUGUUUUUGCACAUCAUAUAAUUAAUAAAAUAAACAAAAGAUGUUUGUAGACAUUUAAAUUAAGCUGCUUUGUUUAUUUGUCAGGAUGAUAAUCCACCAUUAAUGACACUUUUUUUCCCAAAACUUUUUGCUAUUUGAAUGUUUUGACUUUUGCUUGUCAAAUGUAUUUCUACUUUGGAGCUUAAACUUCACAUAUUCCACUAACCGCCUUUCUAUUAAAUAAAGAGCUGUCCUAGAAAUCACACUUUGUCCUGUAUGUUACCUUCUUUAUAGAGAGGGAACUUUUCUUUUUAGGUACAAUAUAAAAUAUAGAAAGAUAAAGCUUGGAGCAGUCAUGCAGAGAAAUUUCAAUACAGGCGACAUGACCUGAAAUAUGUCAAAGAAAGGCUUUUUGAUUGUGGCAGCCUGUUGCCUUUGUCCUGUGUAUUGUGUGUAUUAUGUGUACUGGUGUGUAUUGUGUGUACUGGUGUGUGCUGUUUGUGGCUUGCAGGUCCUCGGCUGGGUGGAGGUGAGGUGCCAUUGAGCUAACUGGGAACACCUGGCCAAUGUUCCCAAGUUACUUAAGUACUACCUGUCCAGAUACCAGUGUGUCAGUCCUUUAUCAAGUCUGGGAUGUUAUUUUGCAAUUAUUUGCGUUGCUUCUUUUUGUUUUUAACACUAACAACACGCACUUCAUAUCAGCCACUGCAUUCACACACUAUCAUACACCACUGAUGCUGACUUUCACACCUCAUUGCAGUAAUUAUUGUUAUUUCCUUUAAU